AUGCAUUUCCCAGCUAUCGCGACCGGUUUCUGCCUUUUGGCAAAGUAUUUUACAAAGUCUCCUAUUCCGCUGUCGUCGGUGAGCAGUACGCCAACUGUCCUUUCGACUAAUUCAAUCGCGGAUAUUACUGUGAAGAGUGCUGAAGGUGUAUCAAAAGCUGUCGAAUCUGUCGAAGAAGUUGGGACGAAACCUGUCAAGGACGUUUCGAAGAGUGUAGAGAAACAAGCGAUCAACACUAUCGAGAGAAAUGCUAGCCCUUUUGACGAGAGGAGUGGUUUUGAGAGGAUCGAAUCUACGAGGAGGUCGAGCAUUCUCUCGUUUGAGGCGUCCCAAUCUCGGACGGAUUCGAGAGAGAUGGAAGUAGAGUGUGCACCAAAUAGAGGCGUCUUGCAAGCACGGACCAAGAAGGACUUAGAACUGGUAGCGGCCAAGAAUCCAAUCCUACGUUCUAUUACUCAAAGAAUCGAGCUCGGCGAAGCAGACGAGUUGAUGAACAAAGUUUUAAAGAUGUUCGAAGAAAUCGAGGAAAUGGAGAAAUUCAGGCUUCAGCUUCAGGCCCUCAGAGCGACAUUUCACGAAGACCUAGGUGACGGAGUCCAAGCCAGGGUAGAUCCCAUUCCUCUCGAAAACUGGAUCGACAUGAUCAAGGAAGUAGAAAUCGCUCUUGAUAUUGUACGAUGCGAAAUGACGGUCGAGGAUGUCGACGAUCUCUUGACGCGACUUUACAUUGAGAUGAACCGCCUCGCUGCAGUAUAUGCUAAGAGCAAGGAAGAUAGGAAACGGAUAGCGCUCAAGGUGUCGGCGAAAAUCAAAGAAUAUGCCGAGGUUUUACUGGAGAGCCCCUGCGAGGUUCGUCUGGCUGUCGAGCGAGCGCGUGUCAGGAGUGUAGUCGCCAAGUGCUUUACGCCGAGUGAUGCUGAGUACCUUGCCUUGUUGAGCCCAGGAUCGUCGCACAUCCCAAGUUGCGAUAGAAGUUGUGUGUUGUCUUAUUUACCAUACCGAGUACUGGAGAGAAGUGAAGUUGGAUCGGAGCCUGAUUUAAUCCUCAACGAAGGCUCGAGGUGUUCGACUCCCAGUGAAGUUCCAAAUACACCUCGCGUGUCUAUCUCUGAGCUUCAAGAGGAUCCGGGGAUUAUGCCCAUGGCAGAAGAGCCGAUUGGAAUGAAUAUGCGACGACUAGACGUAGUGGUAGUAAAAUCAAAGAGGAUCGAACGAAGGGAAACGGCCAAGGUCGGUCAAGUACGUAAGAUGGCAAAAGUCACGGGGGGCGGGAAGCCGGCCUGGAGAUUCUAG